GCGAACACUAUCCCGCUGCCGAGUGUACGAGCAAGUUCUCCGAGCGGUCGGUCGGAUUCGCCUACGGCUGGGUCCGUCGUGUUGGUAGCAGAAAUCCGGUCCGCGUUACAGUUCGGUUUCAUCUCUCAUCGCGGAACGUGCUUCUUUUUGCGAACGAUUAACGCUGUUUGUAAGUGCGCGACGACGACGGCUACAACGGAGACGUGUGCUUUCUUUCCGGUGGUUCCGCAAAACGCGCGCGUGUUACGAGUUCUUAUCACUGUCGACCCGAAACAGUACCCAGUGGCGUGAAGGUUUACUGCGUUUACUACAAGCUGCUGUUGAUCUUCGAUCACCGGGUGAUCUUGGUGUAAGAUCCACGACGUCCAAAAACGAAAACGCACAAAGCCUACACGCCACCGAUAGUGUAGGACAUAUUAGCGAAUAUGUCGAACUCGUACGCGACUACAGGCGCACGGCCAACGUCACGAUGGAAGCGGUUUGUAAAGUCGAACCUGCUUACCUUCCUGACCGUGGUCGGUGUGUUCGGUGGUACCGCACUCGGGUUGAUGCUGAAGAACUCGGCCGAACCCUGGACACAGCGUGAGGUGAUGUAUAUCCAGUAUCCGGGCGAUCUGUUCCUACGGAUGCUAAAGUGUCUGAUCGUACCACUGCUCGUUUCGUCGAUCACCAGUGCGAUCGGUUCGUUGGAUUUGAGCAUGUCGAAGAAGAUCGCUUUCCGGGCCAUCGUGUACUACUUCACCACGACGAUCUGUGCCGUCAUCUUGGGCAUCAUUCUGGUCAGUACUAUCCGACCCGGAGCGGGUCGUGAAGUGAACAAUAUUGGAGGCAAAGCAACCACGCGACAAGUGCUAACGGCCGACACACUGCUAGAUCUCGUAAGAAACUUAUUCCCACCGAACAUCAUCCAGGCCACGAUGUUCCAGUUCCGAACCAUUCUUGUCCCUCCAGCAAAUGCUACCGGUGUUCCCUUGACGCAGUACAAGAUCACUUCCGAGUUUACCGAGGGUACGAACGUGCUCGGUUUGGUUAUGUUUAGUGUCGUGCUGGGCACAUGCAUUGGCAAGAUGCGCGAGAAGGGCAAACCGCUGCUUGGGCUGUUCGAAACGCUCAGUGAAGCGAUGAUGAUCAUUACCUCGUGGGUCAUCUGGAUCUCUCCGAUCGGUGUACUGUUUCUGGUUGCGGCAAAACUGCUUGAGAUGGCAUCCUUUGUUGAGGUACUGGGACAGUUGGGCUGGUACUUUAUGACUGUGAUGCUGGGACUAAUACUGCACGGAUUCGGUACGAUCUCGGUAAUUUUCUUCCUAACCACGCGCAAAAUGGCGUUCCCGUACAUUGCCAAGAUGAGUCAAGUUCUGGCGACUGCAUUCGGUACCGGUUCCAGUUCGGCCACGAUGCCCAUCACGAUCCGCUGUCUGGACAACAUGGGCAUUGAUCCGCGUGUGACGCGUUUUGUCAUUCCCGUCGGAGCCACGAUCAACAUGGACGGCACGGCACUUUAUGAAGCCGUCGCUGCACUGUUCAUUGCUCAACUACGUAAUAUUCAUCUGACCUUUGGUCAUAUCGUUGCUGUGAGUGUGACUGCCACGGCCGCCUCCAUCGGUGCGGCUGGUAUUCCGCAAGCUGGACUUAUAACGAUGGUCAUGGUGCUGGACACUGUAGGAUUGCCGGCCGAGGAUGUCACCAUCAUCAUUGCCGUUGAUUGGCUGCUUGAUCGAUUCCGUACGACUAUUAACGUUAUGUGCGACGCCCUAGGAACGAUUCUUGUCAACUCUCUGUCGAAAAAAGAUCUAUCCGGUGAAGCCAACGGCCAUCUGGAACUGGCUGAACCACACGAGCUGGUUGAAUUGCGACCUGACCAGAAGGAAUAAAUGUUCCCACUCUCACAAGGGUCAACUCCGGACCGCAGAACAACAUCAACUUCAUCCUUUUGCCCAUACCUUUGAACGCAUUCUGUAUUUGAUGCCGCGAAAGGACACACGUUUGCCGUGUUUUGUUGCGCGAAUAAUACGUAAAAUUUGUACGUAAUAGUCACACACCUUUCGGACAUAUCUUACACACGAUCUAUUCGACGGCAAUCAUCUUUCUCGGGCAGAGCGACUGAGCAAAUGCCUGCAUUCAUUUACCGAUAACCGAAUAACCGAUCGACGCUGGUCUGUGCGAAUGUUACCGAAACAUUUGCACAAUUGGCAUCGGAGAAUGUGAGGUAAAAUGUCGCAUUUGCAACAUGAGUUUAUUGUUUCAAUGAUGGCAUUUUCGCAUCGCUGCACAUCUCGUAGUACUGCUAGAUAGCGAGUACUGGCCAUGGCCUAAAAUGCUCAAUAAUCUUUAAAGAUUUUGUGAAAAUGAGUGCCACACUGCCCCAUUUUUCAUUCAUUCUAUUUCCCUGUUUGUCCACGCGUACUAAUCGAAAUCGAUGCCAAAACAUCCUUAGCCAACGAACGAACGUGUGAGUGCGGGUGUGUGUGUGUGUGCAUUAGUGCCAUGGAACAAUAGAACGCGACAAUAGGCAAAUAUGCACAGUAGGAAAUACUAAUAAUUGGAAGUGAAACGGCGUGGCGUCGUGUUAGGGAAAUCAUUUCAUCGUUUGUUUACAGGUUAAAUUAUUAGUGUAAGCAAAACAUAACAGUAUCUAUGUAAGAGGGUGCAAAGCACGAUAGACUUUGCCGAAGCAUUAGGACAGACUCAUUGUAGGCACAAGAAAAAGACCAGGAUACAGGAUACAGAUAUACUAUACGGAAUAGAACAAGCAGUAACGGACACAGAACGCGUUUGUGUGUGUAAUAGCAUUGUCUUGCCCCAUAUCUCCCACUUCACGGUUACCCGGACAUCGAUGUUAUAUGUUUCCAUAUCAUAUCGAUGUUUAAAACUCAACUAGACUACUUACCCGUUGUACACUAUACUACGAUCCACUCUAUACCCUCCCUGUCUCCCUGUAACAGUGCGGAGUGCCAAACGAAACGUAUGCGGAGACUCUGAUCCACCUUUUUCUUGUUUCCUUUACUUCCGGUGCAUUUCAUUUGCGUUUAGUAUACAUGAUAGAUAGGAAGAGACAGAGGAGAGAAAGAUUUUUUUUCGCUAGUGUCCACUUCCAUCUCCCGUUACCGUUUUCAGAUCAGUACACAGUUAGAUCGUGCGAAAGGCUUACCGGAUCAUGUGCGCAACCAGGGUUUUUAGGAAUAACUUUCGAAGUCAACGCGAACGAGCUGCGUGAGCAAAUGAGUGUUUGUAUAUUUCAAAAUACUUACAAAUAUAUUUUAAUGAUUCACCUUUUGUAUCAUAUUUUUCCUUUA